AUGUCGGAACGUGAAUACAACGAUCGAGAGCUCUCGCUUGAUCCUGAGCUGCUCUAUACCCGGGAGUCAUGCAUUGGAGGGGGUAGUUUCGGCAAGGUGUACAAAGGGGUGGACAAGCGUACUGGUCAGGCGGUGGCAAUCAAAAUCAUCGACAUAGAAAGUGCUGAGGAUGAGGUCGACGAUAUCAUCCAGGAGAUUGCCAUCCUGUCGGAGCUUCAGUCGCCCCAUGUGACUAAGUAUUACGGGUCGUAUGCCAAAGGCGCCGAGCUGUGGAUCGUCAUGGAGUUUUGCUCUGGCGGGAGCUGUGCCGACUUGAUGAAGCCCGGCCUUAUUGGGGAGGACUGCAUUGCCAUCAUUGUUCGGGAGCUGCUCAUGGGGUUGGAUUACCUGCAUUCGGACAAGAAGCUUCAUCGGGACAUCAAGGGUGAGUCUUGCUUUCUGGCUGACUUUGGUGUCUCUGGACAACUCUCGGCAACCAUGACCAAGAAGAACACCUUUGUGGGCACGCCUUUCUGGAUGGCACCGGAAGUGAUCAAGCAAAGUGGCUAUGAUCACAAGGCCGACAUCUGGUCCUUGGGCAUCACCGCCCUGGAGCUUGCCAAUGGCGAGCCUCCCUAUGCCGACAUUCAUCCCAUGAAAGUUCUGUUUUUGAUACCUAAGAAUCCUCCACCCAGGCUUGACGGGGCACAGUUCAGCAAGGCCUUCAAAGACUUCAUUGAGGUGGUGUUGCAGCGAGAUCCCAAGGAUCGACCUUCAGCAAAGGAACUGCUCAAGCAUCCGUUUAUCAGACGCGCGAAAAAGACCAGCUACCUGACGGAGCUCAUUGAGCGAUACCAGCGCUGGGCCGCGACGCACGAGCCUGAGAAGGACGAUGUGGACGACGAGCCGGAGACUCAAUACGAGAAUCAGUCCCGCACCGACGAUGACAUGUGGGAUUUUGGGACGGUACGACUGGUUAAUGAGCGUGGUCACCUGAUCCAUAGGCCGGGCAUGUUGAACGCCAUGGGCGAGUCGGCAACCAAUGCCAGGUCCGCGAGGACACAGGAGAACUCUGACGACUAUGGCGAGCGGCGGAGGGAGGGGAGUCCUGCGAAGUUGACUCUGGAUACUAAGGAUACCCUGAAGGCAGUCACUGGGGCUGGCAAUUCUAGGCAGAUGUCACCUCAGCGAAAACCCGUCGGUGCUUCUUCGCCAACCAAGGGCAGGUAUUCUAGGGAGAACUCGCCCGAGAAGCCACUUGCCGACCUCAACGACACUCCUCGCGCUUCCUAUACCUCCAAACCGGUGCCUCGAACACCUGGCCCGGGCUCCCCCGAAUACGAACGGGCACUCGCGCAGCAGAUCCAGCAGGAAAUGGGUGCUCUGCAGUUGGGGCCUGGUGGAUAUUCUCGAGGACCAUCUCUGAGGUCUCACACGUCGUCGACUCGAGCAUCGCCGAUGAAGCUGCCAGAGAUUCCGCCAUACCGGGGAUCACAGCAGCAACAAUCCCAAGUGCCUCUCCAAAAGAUUACGAACCAGCCCGCUCCGAUGAUGUAUCCCGACAAUGGUCCCUACAGCUAUCAGCAACAGCAGCAGGUCCAACAACAUUAUCAAAGAUAUGGCGCGCAGGUUCCUGCCCAUCAGCCAAGCUCGUCGCUGAUCUCGAAGGAACUGCCUCGUAAUCGCGAGCCUGUCGAUCCGGGUUCGCUGACGCCAUCCUCGUUCCCGUCGCCAGCGCCUGCGAACCCGAAUGGAGACUUGGACGCGCUCAACGACGUGAUUUUCCCGGCGCUCGAGGAGGCGCUCAAGAGGCGGCAGAUUAGCCUGCAGCAGCUCUUUAGGCCAGAGCCGGGCAAGCCUUUUCCGCCGGUGACGCCGAGCCAGCAGCGGGCCGAGGCGACGCACGAGAGGAUCCGGAAGCUGGUGUAUAAGCUUGCGCAUGUGUGCAAGGAGAUUGACCACCACGACAAGCAAGAGCCUGUGGGUAUGGGCAAGGAGGUGCCAACCUUUUUGGAGGGUCUGCUUGAGGAGAUCUUGGUGAGGGUUGAGCCGCUUGAUGAGGAGGAGGCUCAAAGAUGA